UUUCCGCACAGGACAAAAUGUCUGCGAGGAUCCUGGAGGGGAUCGGCGAUCCCAGACACCCAGCCCACCUCCCACUUCGGGGGUGAUGGGGUGAGUGAGGGCUGCGAGACUCGCGGCGGCGCGUGCCCACAGGAGACCGGGGAGUCCCGGGGGACAGCACUACUGAUGGUUCUUGCGAACUCAGAAGCCACACUGCAGUGUUUCCACCUGAGAACCUGGGCUGGCUAGAAACCCUGAGGCAAUGAUAGAGACAGCCCACCGCCUGAUUUGAAGGCGCUGCCUAGAGAAUGAGGAGCGACGAGCCGGCCGUGACCAUGGAAGAGACGGGCGGGCCGGACGCGGCUGCGGGCCGCCUGGGGGCGCCGUACUCCGAGGCCUGGGGGUACUUCCACCUGGCGCCGGCGCGCCCUGGCCACGCGUCGGGCCCCUGGGCCACCUGCCGGCUGUGCGGGGAGCAGGUGGGCCGCGGCCCGGGCUGGCACGCGGGCACCCCGGCGCUGUGGAAGCACUUGAGGAGCGCGCACCGGCGGGAGCUGGCGGAGAGCACCGCCCGCCGCUCGCCGCCCGCCGCCCCCGGCCCCGCCGCGGCCGCCGAGGGCGACUGGGCGCGCCUGCUGGAGCAGAUGGGCGCGCUGGCCGUGCGCGGCAGCCUGCGGGAGCGCGAGCUGGCGCGGCGCGAGGCGGCCGUGGAGCAGGGCGAGCGCGCCCUGGAACGCAGGCGGCGGGCGCUGCAGGAGGAGGAGCGCGCGGCUGCCCAGGCGCGCCGGGAGCUGCAGGCCGAGAGGGAGGCGCUGCAGGCGCGGCUGCGGGAAGUGAGCCGCCGGGAGGGCGCCUUGGCCUUGGGCUCGGCCCUGCUGCACGCUCCGCUUAAAGAGGAGCCCGAGGGGGACCCCAGGGACGGCUACGUCAUCACGAAGGUCUUCCUGUAGGUUUUAGCCGCUCCCACUCCCCCACCCCCGGCCAGCGCUACUCAAAAAGUGUGGCCCGCGCACCGGCGUCUUCAGCCUCGCCUGGGAGGGAGAUCUCAGGCCCGUUGCCGCUCUGCCGAAUCGAAAUCGCCAAAUGUGGGGUCUUGAGAAGCACUUCGGAGACCAGGCAGAACCAAAAAUCAUUCCGUGGUCCUCCGGGGUGCCUGGGAGCGCAAGCUCCAGUGGCCUCCAAUGCUGGUGGCGUUUAGUGGCAUCCGUGCAGGCGGUGGUUUUCCUCUGACUCUCUUUGGAAUGAGAGCUCCAACAGCCCAGUGAACCUAGAUCACCUGGAGCCAUGGCCAUUUUGUGCCUGGUUGGUGACUUUGAAAGGACAGGAGCUUCCUUACACACCAAAGACUAUCACACCAGGUGCCUGUACACCAGCCAGGGCAACCCAGGGUAGAGGGUGCAUGGAAAUGAUAAAGCAUUUUUACCCAAAAAAGAGUUUUCCUCAUUUCCUAAUGAGUAAAUCUUUGAUGAGUAGUCUUUCCCCAGCACCAAUUUCUGAACGGGAGAGUUUCCAAGACUGCUCAUUACCCUGUCAUUUCUAGUGCCUUAGGAAGGCAUUCCUGGAGAAGCCCUCUUUUUGCUCCCUUCCCCAGCUUGCCCGGCAGGCCCAAGCACCCUAUCUUACCUCCGCCCUCGUUUUUCCCCGUUUCAGAGCCAGUGGCAGCUGUGCUGUUUCCCCACUUAACUGCCUCACACCUGCCGCCUUACUAGCAAGACAUGACCCCAUCCCUCCUUGUUGUUAGGAAGGGAGCUUCUGCCCCCGCAUCUCCAUAGUCCUCACUCCUGAGCCAAGGGGAAGUCACCCUCCCAUCUGAGGCCACCUCCUCCUCUCAUGUUUUCAUCCAUUCCUCUUCCACCUUUCCUGGGCCCUUCCUCCACUACGUUACCUCUUUUCCUCUGUCUCAUUCCUUCCCUUUCUUCAGAGUUUUCCUUUUUAGCAAUACCCCAGCCUUCCUUGAACUG